AUCUAAAUCAUACCUCACAUUCCUCAGUUCCAUCCAACUCCAAAACACCUCAUCAUCCCCAUUCCCCAAACCCCAAUUUCUCUUUUCCCAUUUCCUCAAAUCCCCCCCCAAAAAAUGACAACCUUCAUCGGUUUCCUCUCCUCCCCCCUCUCCCCAACCAUAAACCACACCGUCCCCUACAUCCUCACAAACUGGACUCUCUCCUACCUUGUCCUCGCUUCUCGCCAUUGGAAACAAUACUACGGAUUCGAUCACAAUGAAUCUCCCCGCUACGAUGUUCAAGAAUAUGGGGAGCGCAUGGUGAAAGAGGGGAAAUUGACCAAGAGACAGUUGGACAGGAUUAAGAGGGUGCAGAGCGCGUCGAGUAAUAGUAUUGAACAUUUUGCGUUCUUUUUGGGGUGUAUUAUCCUAGCACAACAAGCAGGACUCCCGAUCCAAACAAUCAAUAAAUUCGGACUAUCCUACAAUCUAGCGAGAAUCGGAUAUGGAUUCGCAUAUACGUUUAUGGAAACGAGAAAUACGAGUGUAUUGAGGACGGCGUUUUGGUGGUGGGGAAACAUUAGUUGUAUUGGUAUUUUGUUGAAGGCGGGGAGGGCGCUUAAUGAGGGGGUUUGA